AUGAUGAGUCGCUUCAGGUUGAAGAGAGCCAAGGACGACCUGGCUGCGCCCCGCCGCAGUGAGGAGUCGGAGACAACGAGAAACUUCCUGCGCAAGAAGGACAAGAAACACCAGGAAGAGAUCCCUAAGAAAGAAUUUGACCUGGCCAAUGCCUUGCCAUCCGACGACAACUUCCGCACGAGUCUGCUGAUGCCCAGCCUCUCGGCCCGCUUUUCCAUGCUGAGGGAGCAGGAUGACCCGAACACCAAGAUCGGCAAGGCCAGCGACGACAGCGUGCUCUUCCCUAAACGCCAGUCUCGGCUGGCCGACUUCGGCUUUGGCGGCGGUGCCAGCACUGGUCUGUCCGACAUCGCUGAGGUCGAGUCGAUCAGGGCUUCGUCCCAGGCCGCGCGUGAUUCGACUGUUUCUGAUGACGCGACGAAUUACACCGGCAGUAUUCUGAACCGCGGGAGGCCGGGCGAAGGCAACGUGCUCUUUGGUGGUCGGCAAAAGAUCUACAAGAUCCCCGCCGGCUCGACCAGUGGCCUGGGUGGUCGUGCCCUGUACGAAGACGAUGUUUCUCUCUCGGCUUUCCAACGCUGGCGUCGCGAAGAGAGGGAGAGGCUUUACGCUGAGCAGAACGGCCUCAACAACACAUCAUCAACAGAUGACGCCGAGGAAGAGACCGAGCAAAGCCGUUCCGAAUCUCCUGUCAGCUACAACCGGAAACGUGAAACCUCGACCACCACGUCCUCCGGUUCGGCUGCCCGUAACUCGACCGCCGCAUCCUCCAUCACUUCCCAGCCUGCUUCCACAGCGCCCACAACAGCCGUAUCUACACCUGCUGGUGAGCGCGUGGUAACGAGGACCCGUAAGCUGUAUGAGACUGUCAACCAGGAUUCGACUGAGCCGGCCCCUGGUCUGUCGCGUCUCGAAAGCUUGACUCGCCAGCGCCCGUUUGCCCGGGAUGCCUCGAAUUCAGAGACCGCUGAUCAAUCCAAGCCGACUGGCAUAAAGGUGCAGACAGACAAGUCCAAUGUCGGGGGUCUUCCUCCCCUGAGCCCGCCUAUCAGCGAGUCUGGCGAACACAGCCUGCCUUCCCUCCUCUCGAAAGAUGCCAAGGUGACGGCGACAAGCCUCUUCCAAAAGUCCUCAGCUCAGACGUACGACGAGUCUCAGUAUGUUCAACGCCUGCAAAUGCUUCAACAGACAAAGGAGAGUUCCACACAGAGACAAAGGACAGAGUCCAAUGCCACGACGUCAUCGCGGCCCGCGGAAUCUAAGUCUGGUAUCACGUCCCCAAGACCCUCGCUACAGCAGGAGAGGCUUCCCCCUACUCCUGUCGCCGAGAUCGAGAGCACUCCGUCCACUGGUCUCAGCCUGAACGGCCUUGCCAUGCUGCCCGAGCUUCAGCUCGAACGGCCGUCGGAUAAGGAUCACCCAGCUUUCAGACAGCCUUCGCUGCCGACGCCGUCGACUGCCAGCACCAACGGCAAAGCCUUGUCUCCUGCCCUGAAGCCAACCAUCUCCGUUGAGACAUCUAAAGAUCCUGAGCCCAUCGACUCUCCCACCUUGGGUCCCGCCUCUGGUCUCAGCGGCCUGGUGCUUCGACACCUGCGUAGCGAAAGCGUGGAGUCUGCCGUUACUGGCUUCAGUGCCGACCUGGACUCCCGCCUCAACCUUAGCUCGAACUUGCAUUCAAGCCUAACUUCUAACACCGCCACGGCCUCUUCGAACGACUCUCGGUCAAAUGCAUGGUCGUCGGCCGGGAGCUCGCGGGAGAAGGAAUGGACUGCCUCGUACUAUAGCGUCGGGUCGGACAGUAGUGGUGAGAAGCGUUUGGGCGAAACCCAGCGCAAGAGCGACGUCGUGAGCUCUGAUCUGCCCGACCGCAGCGGCAACAACAUCGUCACAGACGAGGAGCAGGACGAGUUUGCCACCCAGCUGGCCGACGCUCGUCGCCGCGUCCGGGAGAAGUUGACCUCGUAUGUCGAGUCAGACAGCAGUAGAGCUGCGUCUCCCAUGCCGGGGUCGGAUUCCCCCAAUCUGGCUCCUCAGCCCUCGUCCAACCCUCUCGGCAUUCUUAAGCCAAAGUCGAGCCGCGGUUCGCUCAUCGACCGCGGUCGGAACAUGGUCACCGGCCCGUCCAAGCCGUUCAAGAUCCUCGGCAUCGGCGGCACCACCAGCAACCCGCCCUCGUCGAACAAGCUAGGCGAGGAGUUCCCGCCCCUCGAGACCAUGAAGGAGGAGACCGUCAAGGAAGAUGCGGUCCAUGAGUCCGAAAGUGAGUCGAAGGAAGAUGACGCCAACACCCAUCCCGGUCUGCGCGCUUUCCGCCAGGCUCGUCGCGAGCUGCAAAAGCGCAAGGAACUCGAGAUGCUCGCCCGCCACCAGAUCAGCCAGACCCAGGGCGGAGUGAAUGGCGAGCAGGGUUCCAAGCAGCGCACCCCUAGCAGGGAGCGCCGUCCGCCCCUCGUCUCGUACCGCGGCCCGACCGACGAAUACGGCUGCAACGGUUCACGCACGUCCGGCGAACGUGGCCGCUCCGGCUCUGAAACCAGCGAAGGCCGCUCCAGCAGCCGUCCUCCCCUCUUCUCCCCCGACUACCGCCGCUCCCCAGCCGACGCUAAGACCUCGCCUAUGAUGCCUUCUCACCCCUUCACCCGCACCGGUCCCUCGCCCGUAACUUCCCCCCUCCUCGAGCGUCAGCGUUCUAACAACAACCUACACAAUGCCUACGGCAAUGGCGUACCCCUCUCCCCAGCUGGAACCCGCUCCCGACAAACAUCUGCCUCAGCAGGGCAGUCCCCUGCUCUCGGGUCCGGUACAUUCCCGGCGCCGGUGGGCAAACCCCCGCAGUACCCUCCUCCACAGCCGCCUCAGCAAUCGGGGGGAUACGAGAAUGGGGGGACGCGGUCGAGGUCAAAUAGUAGGUCUGGUGGUGGGGCGCCGCAGGUGCCGCCGCCGGUGCCACCGAUUAAUCCGAGAAGGAGGACCGAGGUGUCUAAGACGAGGCCGCCGUUUGAGGUACCGGGAGGCAUGAUUUGA